CCUCUUUUGAAAAAGAAAGAAAAAGCUAGGUGUUCCACUUCCAGGCCACUGAAGUGCGAAGACAGAGAGAGAAUAUGUAAAUUAGGGUUUCUAGAGAGAGAGAGCGAGAGAUGAAAGGAGGAAUCAGUCGUAACAGUGACAGUUUAGGGUUUCUGGAUUCUUCUUUAGCCGCUGCCCUAAUGAAUUCAGAAACCAGAACUACUAGUAGCAGCAGUUAUAGUAAGCAGUUUCUUUCUCUACCUUUGAUCAGCAAUAUUCCCAACUUACAAAGCCAUCCGCAUGAGACUAUUGAUCAGGAGAUGAGCGUGAAAGCUAAGAUUAUGGCUCAUCCUCUCUUCCCUCAACUCUUGUCUGCCUAUGUCAAUUGCUUAAAGGUUGGGGCACCUGCUGAAGUGGUGGCUAGGUUACAGCAGGUCUGCAGUGCUCAUAAUUCUGAGGCAGCAAAGAGGAGUAGCAUAAGAGGAGGAGGAGGAGAUGAUCAUCCAGACCCUGCGCUGGACCAGUUCAUGGAGGCGUAUUGCGAGAUGCUGACCAAGUACGAGGAAGAGCUCACAAAACCCUUCAAAGAAGCCAUGCUUUUCCUCUCCAACAUUGACGCCCAACUCAAAGCUCUUACUCUUUACUCUAAUUCCUCUUCAGAUUCUGCUAGUAUUAGUAGUGGUGAUUUUGUUGGGCAAAGUGGUUCUCCAGAAGAGGCUGAUGCCAUCAAGGAAUAUUCCAUGGAUCCUCAAGCCGAAGAUAGAGAACUCAAAGUUCAACUUUUGCGCAAAUACAGUGGAUAUAUGGGCACCCUCAAGCAGGAAUUUAUGAAGAAGAAAAAGAAUGGAAAGUUGCCAAAGGAAGCCCGGCAUCAGUUGCUGGAUUGGUGGUCCAGACAUUAUAAGUGGCCCUAUCCAUCGGAGGCCCAGAAGCUAGCAUUGGCAGAAUCUACGGGUCUGGAUCUUAAACAGAUAAAUAACUGGUUCAUCAAUCAAAGGAAACGCCAUUGGAAGCCUUCGGAGGACAUGCAGUUUGUUUUGAUGGAUCCAACUCUUCAUCACCAUCAUCAUGAUCACCACUUCUAUAUGGACAAUGCAAUAUGCAAUCCCUUCUCCAUGGAUUGUUCAUCUACUCGGCUGUAAUCAUCACAUUUGCAUUCUAAUUAUUAUUAUUAUUAUCGAUCAUAGGGCUUCUGUAUUAUGUAUGCAUUAUGACUUUGUCACUUUGGUCCCGCUUAUUCGUCACUUUUCUACUUAUUA